AUGCAACUCACCACGCUCAAGGGCUUUGCCGCCUCAGCCCUGGUCAUCCUCGCGCCGGUCGCCGACGCCUCAGCCCUUCACGGAAACAUGCACCACCAGGCCCGUCGAUACACGCACCUGCACCACGAACACCAUCACCGCGCUGUCGAGAGCCCCCCAAGCUCCGCCUCCUCCCUCGUCAAGCGCGGCACCUGUGAAUUCCCUACCGACGACCCAAAUCUCGUCGCCGUUACACCGGAUAAGGCGAAUGCUGGCUGGGCCAUGAGCCCCGAUCAGCCCUGCAAGCCCGGUUCCUACUGCCCCUUUGCCUGUAAGGAGGGCUUGGUUAUGAACCAGUGGCAACCGGAUUCGACAUACGACUUUCCUCAGUCUAUGAACGGCGGUCUCUUGUGCGGCGACGACGGCGUUGUGAAGAAGCCAUUCCCAGACAGGCCCAACUGUGUCCCCGGUACCGGUGCUGUCAAGGCCGUCAACAAGUGCUCCGCCAAGUUGUCCUACUGCCAGACCGUUCUGCCUGGCAAUGAGGCUAUGUUGAUUCCUACUCUUGUCCAAUCGACUUCUAACCUCGCUGUUCCCGAUCAAACCUACUGGGCCAAAACCGCCGCCCACUACUAUAUCAACCCUCCUGGUGUUGGUGUUGAGGGAUGCAUCUGGGGUACCGAAUCUAAGGCUGUCGGCAACUGGGCUGCCUUUGUCGCCGGUGCUAACACGGUUGAUAAUGGUGAAACCUAUGUCAAGAUUGGUGUUAAUCCUGUUUGGGAGAGUUCUGACCUCUCACACACCAAGCCCAACUAUGGCCUGAAGAUUGAAUGCCCCGAUGGAGACUGCAACGGUCUUCCCUGCGAGAUUAGCCCUGACGCAGAAGUCAAGAGCAACAACCUCGGUGUUGGCGCUGGCGGCGCGAAGUUCUGCGUCGUAACCGUUGCGAAGGGCAAGCAUGCUCAGAUUGUGGCCUUUGAUCGCUCUGGUGGACAGUCUUCCGCUCCCGUUGGCAAUGCCAUGUCCGGCCAGGACUCUUCCUCCUCUUCCUCGCCACCCCCCCAGAGCUCCCCCAAGAGCUCCUCCACACCUCCUCCGCCGUCGACCACCUCUACUCCCAGUCCUACGCCUUCGCCCACACCCUCUAGCAGCAGCACCAGCACCAGCACCAGCACCGACUCUCCCAUCCCUAGCUCUUCGCAGGUCACAACCACUACCACUACUACCACUGUCAGCACUCCCUCGUCUACCACAAGCGAAACACCUACCGUGCAGCCUGGUAUCUUCCACGAAGAGAAGAACAACACCGCCACCCACACCCCCAACAGCACCUACGCAGCAUCUCCCACUAGCCCCCAGACAACCCCUACUACCAAGGACCAGAAGAACGAGGCUGGACGUUCGCAGGGCAGAACUACCAUGGCCAAACACCCAUCGGCGAUGAUGUUUGUUGUACUGGCGCAUGUGUCUGGCGUGACGUUUGCUUCGCCGCAAACGGCUGUCGAGAUGCUUCUUCUUCCCUUGCCGGAGGCUUCUUUUUUAUAA